AAUCUAUUGACUGCCAGAAAUCAACUCAUCUGAAUUCUGACACGGAUACCAUGAAUGUAUAACCCAGUCAUUCAAUUGUGGGAAUCGUGAUGUCUUCACUAAACCACAACUCUCACAAGCCCAGGAGAAAAAGUAGAGAGCUGGGAUCUGCUGCUUCCCAUGGCCUCCUCUAUACGGAUCCUGUCACGCAAGAAAAGAAGCCAUUGUUCCCUCUCGUAGGAUUCCUUGGGCCUGCCAAAGUAACUAUAUCAAAAUGGAUUAUUUUCCCGAUCAUUCUGAUGGUAGUCGGGCUAUUUCGGUGGGCGACCACGUUCUGGGGCUACUCAGGACACCAGAAGCCACCGAUGUUUGGCGAUUUUGAAGCCCAAAGACACUGGAUGGAGUUAACUAUCCACCUGCCUGUGUCUCAAUGGUACUUCUACGAUUUGAAAUGGUGGGGCUUAGAUUACCCUCCAUUGACUGCGUAUCAUAGCUGGGUACUUGGCAAGAUAGGCUCCCUAGUUAAUCCAUCGUUCUUUGAGCUGGACACGUCACGCGGGCUCGAAUCGGAAGAACUCAAGGUUUUCAUGCGAGCCUCUGUCUUGCUGUCCGAGUAUGCUGUGUACAUCCCCGCAGCUAUUUCGUUCAUGCGCCGCUUUUCUCAUAGCCAGGGUGUUGGGAAGUGGGACUUCCUCAUUGCCGUCACUGCCGUUCUCAUGCAGCCGGCAACGAUUCUAAUUGACCACGGCCACUUUCAGUACAACACCGUCAUGUUAGGAUUCGUCCUUGCGAGCAUGUCCGGCUUAAUGGCAGACAACCUGCUAUGGAGUUGCGUGUGGUUUAUUGCCGCUCUUGGCUUUAAGCAGAUGGCACUCUUCUUCGCCCCGGCCAUCUUCGCCUACUUGCUUGGAAAGUGUGUUUUCCCAAAGUUCAGCUUCGGCCGACUCGUUUCCAUUGCUGUCACAACUAUCGUCAGCUUCGCUAUACUAUGCUUCCCUCUUCUUCUCGGCUCACUCUACAAUUACCGGCGAGGGCUGCCUUUACCCACCACCGCCACCGGGACACCGCCUCCGCCGCUUCUCUCCGAUUUACCGUUCGAUAUUCCGGAUGGCUCAGCAAUCUACCCCUUCGUGCUUCAACUAUCCCAAGCUCACCACCGCAUAUUCCCCUUCGCCCGUGGUCUAUUCGAGGAUAAAGUUGCCAACCUUUGGUGUGCACUUCACACAUUCCACAAACUUCACAUAUAUCCUUCGGCGCUGCUUCAGCACGUGUCACUUGCCCUGACGCUGUUGUUAAUUCUUCCUCCAUGUAUAAUACUGUUCCUCAAACCCCAACGCUCAUCAAUACCUCUUGCAUUCGCAACGACAGCUUGGGGCUUUUUCCUUGCAAGCUACCAGGUCCAUGAGAAGAACGUGCUUCUUCCUCUCCUUCCAAUGACAGUCUUGUUGUCUGGGUCGGGUGGGUUGGCACUUCGGUUACGCUCCUGGAUCGGAUUUGCAAAUAUUCUCGCGGCAUGGACACUAUUCCCACUUCUUAAUCGCGACGGGUUAGCGGUGCCGUACGUCGUACUCACUCUUCUUUGGGCGUGGCUCCUGGGGCUUCCUCCAGUUUCAUGGCAUCUCUACUUGCCUGGGAGACGCGUCGUCGAUGAGCCUGGUCUUCAUUGGGCGGAGGCUAUCAUCCACUCGGCUUUCUACAUCGCCAUGGUGGGAUGGCACAUUUGCGAGGCGUUCAUUGCGCCGCCAUACAACAAACCUGACCUUUGGGUCGUGCUAAAUGUUCUUAUCGGCGCGGCAGGGUUUUCAUUGUGUUACACCUGGUGCCUCGGUAUGCUGAUGGUUCAAUCGGGAUACUGGCGCAAUCCGUUUUUGUCGAAGCCAAAAGUCAAGUUUCAGUGAUUCGAGUUCAUGUUUCUUUUCAGUUAAGAUACCCCUGUGCUGACAGAUAUUUGGGUUCUAUUGUCUUGUCUUCCAUUACUUGUCAAUACCAUAUCUGCGGGGUUUGUAAUCGGAUUCCUUCCCGUUGGCCAUGAUCGUCAGCAUUUGUUGCGGGGAUUGUCACGCGCGACGUCCAUGUUCAAGCACACAAUUUGCGAACAAAGUCAACUUCGCCUGGGUAUUCAUGUAUACUAUCUUCCAGCAGUCUAAUACACGAGUCGGUACGUUGGAAG